GUUUUCUGCAACCCAUAAGGAAGCAGAAGAUGCAUGAGAUUUCCACACUGGCUUGUUAUGAUGGUUAACUUUCUUUGACCAAAUCAAGGCGUCCAUGCUGGUCAGAGUAGUGUCCUGCCUAUUCUUAUUUUUCUUUAACAUUGCCCAGAUGGCUCAGGAGGACAAGGAAAAGACAACUGCUCUCAAAGACUUGCUGUCGAGGAUAGACCUGGACGAGCUGAUGAAGAAGGACGAACCUCCCCUCACUUUCCCAAAGACACUGGAGGAGUUCGAGUAUGCUUUUAAUGAACGUGGCCAGCUCAGACACACUAAGACUGGUGAGCCUUUCGUCUUCAAUUACAGAGAGGACCUGCACCGGUGGAAUCAGAAGCGUUACGAGGCGCUGGGCGAGAUCAUCACGCAAUAUGUUUACGAGCGCUUGGUGGAAGAGUGCAACUUGACAAGAGUAACCCUCCCGGUGGAUGCCAAAGAAGAUGAGCCGACCAGCUUUAUCUACCUGAGCGAGGACGCGCUGACCAACUCCGACAAGUUGCUGGUGCUGAUCCAGGGCAGUGGGGUGGUGCGUGCCGGCCAGUGGGCCCGACGCCUCAUCAUCAAUGACGACAUGGACAGCGGAUCACAGCUCCCCUUCAUCAAACGGGCCAUGGAGGAGGGCUAUGGCGUGAUGGUGCUGAACCCCAAUGAGAACUACCUGGAGGUGGAGAAGAAGCCAGUGGAGGUGGCGUCCCCCCCGGAGCCCGAGGUGGCCCCCGAGCAGCAGCAGAAGCAGGAGUCAUCCUCGGCACCUGAGGGCCCCGAGAGAGAGGAGCCAGCGGAGAAGCGCGAGAGGAAAGAGGAGCGCGGCACUGGAGAGGGAGGAGGAGGAGGAGGAGGAGGAGGUGGUGGAGGAGGUGGAGGACGGAAGAAGAAGGACUUCUACGAGAAAUACCGUAACCCACAGAAGGAGAAGGAGACAGAACAGAUACCAAUACGGGACAACAGCAGUCCUGAGGAGCACACCAUGUACGUGUGGGACCAGUUUGUGUCUCGAGCGGCCGCCAGGAGCAUCUUUGUGGUGGCCCACAGCUAUGGAGGCCUGUCCUUCAUCGAGCUGAUGAUCCAGCGGGAGGCGGAGGUGAAGAACCGUGUGUGUGCGGUGGCCAUGACCGACUCUGUCCACAACGUCUGGCACCAGGAGGCGGGCAAGUCCAUUCUGGAGUGGCUGCAAGUGCACUGCUGCAACUGGGUGUCGAGCCCCGAGCCCCUGGACACACAGGUGGAGUCCAUGCUGCCAGACUGCCCGCGUGUCUCCGCAGGCACCGAGCGCCACGAGCUGACGUCCUGGAGAAGUUUCCACUCCAUCUUCAAGUUCUUCGAGGAUGCGCUGGAGACCCGGGAGAGCUCGGACCAGCAGGCCUCAAACACCGUGACCACACGCAGUGCCAACAGAAUCAAACACGAUGAGAUGUAGAGUACAGUGCCAAAGCCUAACAUGAGUUCUAAGCCCGUGCAGCCAGACAAAUGUCUGUCCUCUGCCCCUACUGUGUCACCCUCUCACUGUCCCUUCUCUCCUAUGCUCGCACUCUCUCUCUCUCUCUCUCUCUCUCUCUCUCUCUCUCUCUCUCUCUCUCUCUCUCUCUCUCUCUCUCUCUCUCUCUCUGCAUCUUUGUGUAUGUGUGGAGGGGUGCAUUUCUCACUUUUUACUGUGAAAAAAAUCCUCUCCUUCAGGCCUCCAAACAUAGUAUCAAAUUGUUGAAUCCAGGGUGUAUACAUCAAACCAACGUUUUGCAUUACUUCUAGAUGAGUGCAACUGUCAAAGCAAUAUGGCUUCAGUGCGCGCGCCUCCCGUGGGCUCUUGUCGGGAUGUGGCGGCGACUACCGCUGCCGAGAUUAAGUAUGACAGGCGCUCCGCGCGGUGCCUCGCGGUGCACCUCUAAUUGUCCUGACACGGGCCUGAACUGAGCUAAUACUAUAGGGGGUGCACAUCACAUCUCCCCCAGGUCCUAACGCUAGCUUUACAACAAAAAAUAUGCCGCGACUGUCGUUAAGACCACCAUGCGUCCCUACUCUGUGUCUGAGCUCUGUUAUGAACUUCACCAGUGACAAUAUUUGGUCACUGUCAUCAGAGGCCAAUGUGUGUCCAACUGCUGCUUUGACGAAGUUAGUUUCCUGUUCAUGUUUUAUAGCGGUUUUAUAGAAAUCUUAUCGGGGAAAAAGUCAGUGGGAAAGAUUAAGACAGCCAUGGAUUUCUUUUUUUACUUUGUUAAAUGCUGUAUAUUUUUAAAUCACUUUAGCCCGUCGUCAGAAUGAGAUAAAGACAUUUGAAGAGUUUUAAGACAUAGUAAUGCUCCAUUCUUCUUUCGAUAGUCCAGCAAAUCCCUGCCAUGCGGAUUCUAAUAAUAUUAUUUUAAGUAGCCUAUAAAGCGAGGUGUCCUCACAUGUUUGCACAUUGUAUUUUCAUUUCUCGACGGCUCGCGGUAUUCGUCCUCACAUUCUGGCAUAACUUUGACAGUCCCCCUAUCUCGCUCUGACUCACAAAAUGUCACUUUUUGGCACAAACAAGUCGUAUUGUCUCUGGGACAGUGUCAUCUUCCCGGCACUUGAAGGAAUGCCUGUCCAAUCUGUCCUCCCAUCCGUCAGAUUUAAAAAGACUGUUCAUCUCGCAGUUCUUUCGCUGUCUUGAAAAUAGCUGGGUUCUUUUUACUGAGGUUACCUAGAAGAAAUUCAACUUUUGCAGCUUGCAAACAUCGAAUAAUGCUGUAUUUUAGUAUGCCUAUUAGUCUAAACAAUAAAUCACGUUAUUAAACGUGUAUGAUUGACCGCUUUUGGGGGGGAAAAAACUUUUUUUCUGUUCUUAGUCCGGCGCACAUUGAAAACAGGUUUUUAUUGCCAGCAUUCCAUGUUUUAGAUUGUGUUCCAGACCUGUUUCAAAGCGAAAAAAUGAAGGCCAUUUAGUAUCACUACAGUAUGUUGCCUUAGGAAUAAACAAGACACAUCAAGUUCACAAGCAUACUGAGGACGAGCUCGCUCUAACAAGCCAUACGCACGCAUAUCCUUCAGGCCUGAUGGAGGCAGCCUUAAAGAAAAUCAAAAGCUCAUUUGGUAUGUAAAUUACGAGUAAUUUAACAUUUUCUCUUUUAGAUAUUUUUAAUCAAAUGUUCUGCACUUUUGUUAAAGCGUUAAACUUCAAUUUACGAUUAAGAAUCAUCCUUCUGUUUGGCCAGUUGUGUCUUUCGUGUUGCAUUUCACAUUAUCUUUCUAUGUUGACAAACACCACACUUGGAUUCUCCAUAUAGGCUUAAAUGCACGCUCUGUCUUAAAUUGUUCUUUUAAUUCAUGUUUUCUGAUUACCCCAUGUAUGGUUUUAAAUGUCCUUCCAAUAUGCAUUCAUUGUAAUUAGCACAUGAAGUAAUAAAAUAUUUUUAAUGUGGA